UGUUGCUUUUGGGGCUUCCUGGGGCCGCCAUGAUGAGUUUUUUUGUGUGUUAUGUGUAUAUCAAUGUGAACGAGGUGUAUCAGAAUGCGUGAGUGAAUGAAUGUGAAAGGGGAGGAGGGCGGGGGAGAGGAUGAAAGGGGCUGGGGAAAGGGGCCCCACCAUCAUUGCCUCCCUCCUGGGGCCUUGCUUUUCCCCUUCUGAGGGCCAGUGGGGGGGAGUGGACCCCCAGUUUGCACAUUUGGAAAGGGGUGGGUGGGUUUAAAGCGCUCCCUUAUGUGGGGGGAGGGCCUGCUGGGCAGUGCAGAGCCCCCUUGAAGAGAGGGACCCCCAUUUUGGGGGGCUAGGCAUAGGGGACCCCCACCCCAUUGAAAAACAAGGCUGGGGAUGGCAAGGUUAACAAUUUCCCUCCCUUUUUCAUUGCUUUGAAGGAAAGGUUGAAAGCUUGCUGGGGAAAGGGGGCCAUUUCCACUGGGAGUGAGGCCAGAAAAAGAAGUAUAAUAAUAAUAUAAAUAUAUUAUUAAGGGGGGCAGGGUUUGGGGUUUUGUUGUUUUGCAGCGUUCCUUUAGAGUCCCCUCCCUGCCCCAAAGUUGUAUUUGGAGUCACAAGCCAAACAGAGGUGUAAUUUUUGAGUAACAAGCCCCCCCCCUUUCCCUCUUCCUCCUCCUCCUCCUUCUUCUCUUAUCUCCAGCAAAACCCAAGAAGUGGAGAGAGUGGGUUUCCAGAGAGGGGAGUGGUCUGCCUGUAUUUGAAAAGAAAAAAAGGGGGAGCAAGGGGGUGUUUGGGGCAGAGGAGGAGUCAGAAGGAAGCAAGGAGGGUGUUAUUUUUCUAUGGGGGGAGAGAUGGGCUGGAGGUUGCAUGCAGGCAAUGCCAGGGCUCCAUCCCCAGCUGAGGGCUGCAGGGGGUCCCUGAGUAGAUGUGGGCUGCAGUGUGUGCAUGUGUCUGUUUGGGUCCUGUGCUGCUGGUGGUGAAAAGGUGUGUUUGUGUGAGGAGGGGGGUGUUGUCCCUUCUCACACAGCAUCCCCUUGUUUUCUCCCAAGGGCAAGGAAGGAAACAGUGGAAGAGAGAGGGUGAGGUGUAUAUGGGGGGACUGCUGCUAUGCAUCCAUAAGAGCUUUUUUGGGGGGAAAUUGUCCUCAUCUUCUUCUUCUCCCCCCCCCCCCCACCUCAUGUUUUGUGGGGGGGACUGAGGGAGAGAGAAGGGAAGCACACACACAAACCCUUCAGCAACUGGCAGGAUCUCUCCAAUCCUCCCCUCUCUCCUCCCCACCAUGACAACAAAUCCAGCAUUAGAAUCGCCAUCCACACCAUGGCCACACAGCAGCCCAGAGAGUAGCUGAAGCGGGACGUAGCCAAUGUCGUCCAGCAAAGGGGCGGGGGCUGGAGCUCGCCGGCGGCGGACGCGGUGCCGGAAGUGUAAAGCUUGCCUGCGGUCGGAGUGUGGGGAGUGCCACUUCUGCAAGGACAUGAAGAAGUUUGGGGGGCCCGGGCGCAUGAAGCAGUCAUGCCUCCAGAGGCAGUGCACGGCGCCAGUUCUACCUCACACGGCUGUGUGCCUGGUGUGCGGGGAGGCCGGGAAAGAGGACACAGUGGAGAGCGAAGAGGAGAAGUUCAACCUCUCGCUUAUGGAGUGUACCAUCUGCAAUGAGAUUGUUCAUCCAGGCUGCUUGAAGAUGGGGACUGCUGAAGGGGUCAUCAACAACGAGAUUCCAAACUGUUGGGAAUGUCCCAAGUGUAAGAGAGAAGGCAAAUCAAUGAAAUUAAAAGGCACACGGGAAAAACAUCUGAAGAAGAAACCAAAGGUCCCACCAGGCCCUUUGGAGUCCUCAGUCCAGUCAGAUAAGUCCCACCAGCGGGAGAAGCUAGAGCGCUUCAAGCAGAUGUGCCAGAUGCUGGAGCGGGUGAAGAACAGCAGCAGUUCUAGUUCCAGUUCGGAUUCAGACUCGGAUACGGACUCCCAUGGCUCAGACGGCUCCAGCGGGGGCACAGCACGGAACGGCAAGCAGCCCAAAGCUCGGGGGAACUCUCAGGAGAAAGAGAACAAUCAUCGUCCAUCCAGCCGAGGGAGUGAGCGGGCUAAGCAGCAGGCGGGCGGGCGCAAGGCAGGCCGGCCCGCUGGUCAAACAGGGCUCCGCAUGGUGGCCCGGACUCAAUUCCUCAACUGGCCCCUGGUGCCCUCCCCUCCCAAGCCCCUACUGCAGCUAGAGAGGCACGUGGUCCGGCCUCCCCCUGACAGCCCUGAACCUGACUCCCUGCCUUUGGACAGCGGCUCUGACCACAUCAUGCAGCGGGACAUUUGGUUGGCGGUCUUCCAAUACCUCAGCUAUCGGGAGCUGUGUGUCUGCAUGAGGGUGUGCCGGACGUGGAGCCGUUGGUGCUGUGACAAGCGGCUUUGGACACACAUUGACCUGAGCCGUCGGAAAUCCAUUACUCCCUCCAUGCUCAGUGGCAUUAUCCGCCGGCAACCAGCCAGUCUCGACCUUAGCUGGACCAACAUUUCCAAGAAGCAGCUAAUGUGGCUUCUCAACAGGCUACAAGGCCUCAAGGAGCUCAUCCUGACUGGCUGCUCUUGGUGCUCUGUGUCGGCGCUUAGUACAGCUAACUUCCCUUCCCUGCGGCUUCUGGAUUUGCGUUGGAUUGAGGACGUCAAGGACUCCCACCUCCGUGAGCUGCUGUUACCUACCACAGACACUAAGCCAGGCCAGACUGAUAGUCGAGGCCGGCUCCAGAAUGUUUCUGAGCUGCGGCUUUCUGGGCUGGACAUCACGGACUCAUCCCUGCGCUUGGUGAUCCGGCAUACCCCUCAGCUUGCCAAACUGGACCUGAGCCACUGCAACCACGUGGGCGACCAGUCUGUUAACCUGCUGACCGCUGCUAACUCUCCACUCCGAGAGACCCUUGCCGAGCUCAACCUCGCUGGAUGUAACCGGCUGACGGAUCAGUGUCUGCCCCUUUUCCGCCGCUGCCCACGCCUUUCCCGCAUUGACCUCCGCUCUUGCCACCACAUCACACCUGAGGCCUGUGCCCGCUUUGCUGAAGACUCGGUCGCCAACAGGGCUUCUGUUCCCCCUGCCCCUGCCUCAGCACCUCCUUUCCGUUGCCCCGAGGAGAAAUUGCUGCUGAAGGACAGCUAAUACCCGCCCUGGGGUGGAGGCGCAGGGAGACUCUGCCUCACCAAUCAGACAACCGAACACGGACUCUGAGAGAACCUUUCUACUUAAAGCCAUGCACUGAACCAGAGUGGCGUCUCCACCCCCACCCCCUUGAGCGUGCGGUAAGGAAGGUGAGGGGUUGUGCUCCCCUGACCCGUCGGGCUCACUGCAGGGCAGGUCGCCUUUUGCUCCAUCCCUUUGUUCCAGGACAGCCACAGAGUAAGUGUGGCCUGCAGCAGCCUAGUUGCUUUACAGUGCUGGGAAAGGCGUAUUCCUCCCAUCAUGUGUUGCGCCGUCUCAUUCUUUCCCUGCCCCCUAAAACAUCGAUCUGUGCCACCGUUGGUACCGCAGCUCUCUAGGGGUGGGUGUGGCAAGGUGGGUGGGAGCUUGACACUCAGCCUUGAAACGCCAGCUCAGGAGGAAGGCAGCUUAUUGUAUGGUGUUGGAUUAUUAUUUUUCUCAUCCCUUCCCUGAUGCAAAUGUGCACUCCAACUUCAUCCAUUCCCCCCUCACACACACAUGCUGCCUUUAUGAUUUUGAAAGUGUGUGUGAGUCUGCCUGUCUGUAUGCCUGUCUCUCCUUCCCUCUGCCACCUUUCCCAGAUGUUUGUUUUCAGUGUGGCUUUUAAAAGGGUGGUGGUGGGGACCCGGCAGCUGAUACUUAGAUUUCCCACCCUGCCUCACUACAUGCCCACUGAAAUUCCGUCCACACCAAUGCACACACCCCUUUCCCAUUGCAGUAUAUAGGCCUUGGGUUGCCAUGUACGGAUGGGUUCAAUUCCCUGGAUGCCCCAAAGGCACAUUCUUUGUAUACAUGUCCUUUUCCACCAUCUUUCUCUUCCCUUAUUCCCCCCCUCCAAGCUGAUCUGAAUGUUCAGGUGGUCUCGCACCCACCCAUGAAUUUUGAUGCGUGUGCCUGACCCGUGCACAAAUUGUGCUUAAACACCAAAACUGGUAACAUGCACACAUUGCAAUCCAUAUAUACACUGUCUCUGCUGCUAUAUUGUUUACACAAAAACCAGUAUGUGCACGUGGACACACAUGCAAGGCACAUGCAUGAGUGGACCCUUCAAUGGAUGCUCAGCCCUCCACAUUUACCUUUACACCUCCCAUCUCUAUUUCUUGUCCACCGCACUUCUAUUCACACUUUCAUUCAUUUUGCAUACAUUCAGAAACUUUUUCUGAGUGUCCACAUCUCUCUUUUUUCCUCAUAUGGGGACUUACAUCAGGCAUGUCUGUCGACGCUCAAAGAAUUUUUGUUCCCUUUUGUUCUGUCUGUAGUAAUCCUCAUGGUUCUCAACCAGUAAGGUCCCUGCCCAGUUUGGCCAAAGUAAAUACAGCACACUCUUGACAUGCACUUGCACGUCAUUCUUGUACCAUAUCACAAACACAGACAGGAGAGGGAAUUUCUGUUUUUGAAGACUUGUCACUUAAAAGGCUCCUUGUAAGAGUGAACUUGUACAUUGGGUGAAGCGUGACAUUAAAUCUCUCUGUAUUAAUUUAGAACAUGCAGAAACCUUUUCUAAAGAGAGACCUGGAAAAAAUAGAAAAGCUAUUUCUUAUGCUUGUCCUCUUUUUGCAGUCUGAAAUGGCACAAUCCAUUCUAUUCUCUCAUUCUGCUGUGUGUCUUGGACCACUCCAAGGACUCCUUAGGGUAUUCUUUGAAGUACAAGUGAAGCUGGAAUACAGCUCAUUCCCAUGCCCAUGAAACUCAUGUUGUAAAUCUCCAUAUGGCCUGUAUGGAGGUUUACAACUUUGACUGUACUGUCAAAGAAAUGUGAGAUGCCCCAUUCCACCUUUGGUGCUGAUAGCCAGACAAAAAGAAAAGAUGAGCACUCUGAGCAGCAGCCAUAUGCAUUAGCGCAUGUGUACCACAUGUACAUUCUCGGCUUGCUGUCCCACUGCCUGUCUGCAUUCUUGUUCAUUCUUCUUAUAUAGACACUUCUAUCUACAGUUCUACUCUGGUAGCAUUUUUACUCCUGCAAACACACUCAAGUUAUCCUCCCAGCCAUUCGUUCCUUCUUCUCCAGACCACAAUCCCCCUUUCCUCCCUCUCUAGCCUGACCCCUGAGGUUGUGUGUCUGCCCACCAUCUUUACCAAAUUCCACUUCUCCUCCUCCCCUAAGAAGCCUCUCAUAUGAGAUCUAGAGACAAACAGAGCUUGAAGUCAGGGUGGGUUUAGCAUGUUGUCUCACUCUAUCUUUUUGUUUUUGCUGUUUUUCUAACCUCAUCCUGGGAGGUAAAUGGCAGCUGUCUUGUUCCUCUCCCUGCCCCCAGUUCCAACUCCCGUAUUCCCCCCCCCCCUUACCUUGUUUGUUCAGGUCCAUAAGCUUUAAUAACCACUUUUUGGAAACCAGGGGAGAGGAGAGAGCGGCAUUUCUUUGCCACAGUACCACACAGGUGGGGCUGGGGAGCAAGCCAGGCCUUGGCUUAAUUCUGGUUGCCCUUUGCCCCACUGUUUCAAACUUGAACCUCCCUCCUAUUUUGUGUGUGUAUGUGUGCACACAUGCGUGCACGUGCGUGUGUGUGUUUCUUUAUUUUAACAGGGUUGGGAAGAGAAAUACUGUAGAAAAGGGUGCAAAAAGAAUGUUUUGGACCGAAGUUGUGCCUGUUAUCGGUCAUUUUGCUCCUUCUAUGUGUAGGUGGGGUGACACGGUUAAUACAAUUCUUCUCUUCCUUUAUGUAUGCUGUCUGGGGUUGGGCUAGUAUCCUCUUAUGUGUUUCCUCACCACAGCUCUCCUGUCCUCCCCACCUUCCUUCACCUCCAUGUUGCUUUCUUAUUGACUUGCUAAAUGGAACAGGGAUUUGAGUUUGGUAGGUUUCCAAAGGGAGCAGCGUAGCAAGUAAUAGAAGAUUAUCUAUGUCACACACACACACACACUCUAAAGUUUCUCCCCUUCCAAUCUUUCUCAUUACCAAGGUUUCCCAGAAUCCCAGCUCUGAAACUCCCUCCCCGUGGCCCCUUCUUUUCCUCACCUCUUUUCUGUCUUCUGCAUCCCAGAGUCUCUAACCUGGUUUGUCAGAGGGCACCAGAAACAUCCAUUCUGCAUGUUGGAAUUUGGGAAGAGGGGAGAUGGCGUGAGACUGGCUUUCAAAUUGGUAAUCAUAACUUUUAUAUAAUAUAUAUACACACACUUGAACGUUCAUUUAUUACUAAAGCAUUACUUGAAAAACGCAGCGAUAGGUCUUGGAAUCAGAGGCGAGGUUUUCGGUGUUUUGUUCGUUUUUUUUUAAAGCUUCUGUUGGGUGCUCUUUUUAUUGUUUUCAGAAAAUUGGUUUGGUUUAAUUGUUUUGUUUUAUUUUAUUUUAUUUGUCUGAUGAAAUAAAAAUCCUUCCCUCUCACUCCAUUAGCCAAAGAGGGCCAAGGUAUCUUUCCUUUCCCCCCAACUGCUCCCAUUUCUGGACUUUCUCCUUCCUAAGUCAUCCCUUAUACACUCCUAAGAAGAAAGUAUUACGUAUUUGAGAGGUGGAGAAAGCGGAGGAGACUUAAGAAGAUGAUGUAGUAGAGCAGGGGGAUUCUGCCUUCAUGGGGAAGUGGGGAGAAGUCCAACAGGUCGUUCCACUUCCAUAAAAUGUCAACUUUCCUUCUGGCACAGCAUAAAUAUGUACUGUAUUGCCUUCUCUUAAUUUUGUCUCCACUCUCCAGACACUCCAUGGUGCAAACCAAGUGGAUUAAAUCUCACCAGAGCAAGCUCCUUCCCCAGGUAGACUUGGGCCUAUGCUCUCAAUUUCUUGUACACUAAGAAAUAGCCACAUGUGGCUGUCAGUUUUCACUGCGUUCAGGAUGGGGGGGGGACACAGAACAAAAGGGUAAUAUUAACAAAAGAGGUGAGGAGUUUCAUUACCUGUGCCAUGGUGACCCAUCCUUGCCUUUCCUCCAACAGUCAAGGAUGGUGAUCCACGAGGAGGUGCUGUUUCAAACAUAUCCUUUAGGGUUUGGGGUGGUUCUUUUGUUUCGUUUUAAAUCUUUGUUUUGAAUGGAUGUUGUAACUAAAAAAAAGAGAAAAGAAAAAUACCUCAGGUUUAAAAAGAAAUGGUGAAAAAAAAAAAAAAGAAUAUGAUCCAAGGGUCUGUUAAAGACUGCUGCUUUCAGGGGGAAAGUUUGAUGUGGGUCAGGGAGGCGGAUGGACCAAUUUGGAACGGUAUCCAUGGCCAGAGAUGUGUUUUGGACAGAGGGGAUGCAAGCAAUGAAUCCCCCCCCUUUUUUUUUUCUCUGCUUCCCUCCCCUACACGGCUUUUCCCACCUACAAUCACUGGAAAGGCAUACACUCACAUCCUUGGCACAUAGGCAGCUGUCUCUCCAACACAAAGGGACUGCUCCUGGAAUGAUAACAAGCAUAUAGAGAAAUAUCUCCUCCUGAAAUUCUCUUCCUCUAGCUUCAAAUCCUCCCAAGAUGUAGCCUUCCCAAAAUGCUCCAAGGUUCCCCCUUACCUGAAAUUGGUCUGUCAUGGCCAUCUCUCCUAGACACACUACACCACAAGCAGGGGCCAGACACACACUACCACAAGCAAAGCUAGACACAUUCUACCACUGACAUCCCUAUGGACCUUCUCCUAGUUUAGCAGACCACAGCUGUAUUCUCUCGUCUCCCCUUUUCCCAUGCUUGCUUCCCAAGCCUUCAUCCUUCAUACAACUUGAAUCACGCAGGUGCCCACUUCUCUCCUCCUCACCCAUCCGUCGAGACAAAAAACAGCUGGGGGGGGGAGAGAAAGUAAAAUAAAAUGGGGGAGAAAUCCAGUUUGGAGCAAUGUGUCUUUUGCAGUGUUCAGCCUGCACACCUCCAUCCCAGCCUCUUGGGACUGUUGAGAGGGGCGGGGGCCGCGAGAACAGUUUCCAAUCUGAAUUUCAGGGGUUCUGUUAUUGUACAAUAACUGUUUGCUAUAUAAAUGAAACAAAAUCUUAAAAAAAAAACCACAAAACAAAUGAAAUAUGUGUUUUGGUCUUAAAAGCCUGCUUGGUUUUGUUUCUUGUUUUUCUUGUUUAUUUUUCCACCACCCCCCACUCCUUGGUUUUGUUUUGUUUUCUUUUUUGUUUUUUUAAAAAAGUGUUGUGAAUAAAAAUGUUGGGUUUUUUAAUUAUUAUUAUUUUUUAAUUUUUAAUGGGUUCUGUUUUAUGGUUUCUGGACAUAUUUUUUAUAAACUCUCCUUUUGGUUUUUUCAGAGGUUUUAUUUUGUUUUUCUUUUGUGUUAGCGCCGACAAGCGGGGUGGGGGUUACACUCUAUAGGGCACGGAUGAGAACUAUGAAGCUCUCUGUUGGACAGCAACUCCCAGUAUGCCUCACCAUUAAUUAUGCUGCCUACAGCUGCUGGGAAUUGUAGUCCAACAACAUCUGGAGGGCUACUUGCUGCCCACUCCAGAUUACUGGUGGCUUAAGAUAGCCCUUGACAGAAUGGAAACUGGAGGCAUGUCACAGCCUUGCAUUGGGAAAAGGCUCAUUUUAAAGUCUACAACACUGACGCUUGGUGGGGACUCCCCCUGUUUUAUAUACAGUUGGCCCUCCAUAUUCACGGAUUCAA